AUGUGCAUAGGUAAUGCAACAGACGGUGCAGCCAACAUGCAGGGUAUCUACAAUGGCUUUACAGCUUGGUUAGAAAACUUCUCUCCAGGACAAAUGCAUUGUUUGAUGUUUGAUGCUAUGCACUAUGCACAUAUAUUAAAUUUAGCCAUAACUGAUGUAACAAAGUGUUGGUUAGAAGCAGCAUCUUUAUUUACUCUUCUGAAUAAUGCAGCUGUAUUCUAUAAAGAGUCACAUAAAAGAAUGUCUCUCUAG